AUCAUGAUAACAACUGUUUCCCACGUAUACACAUCUGUAAACAUAUAAUUAUACUUAGUCAGCAAAUGUUGGCGAUUUUUAUUAUAUUUUUACAUUAGAUAGGCCAAAGUAUGGAUGUUAGAUCUCUUUAUGGAGGAUUUAUCGUCUUUUGUGUUAUUUUCUGUACCGUCGCAGCCAUAGAAGAAUGUAAACUAGAAAAAGACCCUGGUUAUAAAUGUCCAGACUUUCGAACGGGAUGCAAGACUCACUUUCACAAUAAUUGCUCUACCAUACCAUGUGAUGGGGUUCAAACAUGUGACCCGGAAAGGUUCGAUAGUCCUUUUUGUUGCAACAACUAUUGUGGCGGGUGUAUGGCAGUUGUCUACUGUAACGGCAAAAUUGUCAAUUGUUUCCAGGAAGAGAUCAUUAAUUGAUACAGUAUCAACAUCAACAUAUUUGGCAAAUAAAAAUUCUGUUAGAUAAUCUUUUUCUAUUUUUAAAUGUGAC